AUGGCCCCGCGACGGCAGGGCGCCACCGGCGAACGCGAGGCGGAGGAGGCACAGGGUUGCUGUGUACCCGGCGAGUGCCUUCGCCCACGCGAGCUCGUACGCGCUGAGGACGCCAUCCGCGUGCUAUGCAACAAUGACACGUGCGCCGUCGGCCGCUAUAUGCACCGAGAAUGCUUCGAGCAAUGGGAGGCCGGCGUGCUCGCUUAUCUCAAGUCUUGUGGCCGAGCCCGCUCCUGGUCCGAACGUCAGCGUCACCAGAAUCUAUGGACGAAGAAGGGUUACGAUUUGGCGUUCAAAGCUUGCGGAUGCCGAUGCGGGCGCGGGCACUUAAAGAAAGACUUAGACUGGGCCCCGCCCGGUGCAAUAAUCAGAGCGGAUGAGGAGAAAAAGAGGCGCAGGCGAGCUCGGUCGGGAAGAGCGCCAGCGGUGACAGACGUGCGCUCCAGGGCCUUUAGUCUAUCCAGCUCGGGGUCUUGCUCUCCACCAUCUGCCUCUUCAGAGCCUUCGGCGAGCCCUACACAUGCUGUCCCACAUGCGAUAACUCCUGCCAAGAGGCAUUCAAAACCCGAAAUCGUUUCUGAUAGGGUGAGAGCUGGCGCCGGCGCGAAUGGCAUAUUCUCUAGGCGACUGGAUUUUUCCACCUUCAACCUUUUGCCGAAGUAUAAAGUCAACUCAUAUCAGAUCAAGAUCGAGGACGAAGGCAACCACGGUAACGACGACACGCGCCUGUUUAUCCUGUCCACGUUGGCCGGCCAGCACAAGCCGCGCGUCUCGUGCGCCCUUUGUAAGGAGACCCUGGACGUCUUCGACCGCUACCCCCUGGUCGACGGCACCUUCUUCCUCAGCCCGCGCCAACACACAAGCAGCGCUGUCGAGGUGAAAGUGGAGGGUCGCACACAAUACCUGACUUGUGUGUGUAUGGGUUGCCUGGAGCGUUGCGAUCCGGAGCGCACUAUCCGCUGCCGCUUCUGCGGGCAGAAGUGGGAUGGGUCCUCCCUCGUGCUCGGCACCAUGUACUCCUAUGACAUCUUCAUGGCGACCCCCUGCUGCGCUGAGCGAUUGAAGUGCAACAGCUGCUACAAGCCGCUGCUGCACCCGCACCAGCGGAUGAACUACUCGGACUACUCGCACCCGGUCACGUGCCCUCACUGCCGCCUGAUGGACACGGCGGUGCCGGGGGCCUCCCCCGGCACCUCGCCCGACACGUGGCUGGCGCCGUCGCCGCCGAGGCGCGCCUCGCCGCCCGCCCUCCGCCCCGUCGUCAACACUAGCAUGGCGUCGCGGCCCGAGAACGACGAGGCCAACAAAUACCUCGCCCCCGCCCUCACGAGCAUCACCGAGUCGCUCUCGCUGCUCGGCCUGAGCCCCGAGACGCUCGCGAUGAGCGUGGGCGAGUCGCUCGCCGAGCGCUACCUGGCGACCAUCCGGCCGAAGCCCCCCGCGCCGCCCGCCCUCGCCCCCGCCGGCUGCGGCGCCCCCCGCCGCCACGCGCCCGAGCCCGGCCAGCUCCAGCUGUUCUCCAAUGACUUCAUGGACUACCUUAACCAGAUCGCC